UAGAUAUUCAUUCAUAUAUGUAUCUUUGUUUUUAGAAAGGAAAAGUUUCGCAACAAAAAUGUUCUCAGUAACUUGUAUAGCUCCGGUCAAUAUUGCAAUUGUUAAAUAUUGGGGAAAACGUAAUGAAGAAUUAAUUCUUCCCAUUAAUGACUCAAUUAGUAUGACACUUGGCACAAACGAGCUGUGUGCUAAGACAACUAUAUCUGCCUCAGAGGGAUUUCAACACAAUCGAAUGUGGCUCAAUGAUGAGGAACUGCCUUUCGAAGAGGACUCACGCCUUAUGCGCUGUUUAAAAGGAGUUCAACGUCUGGCCCUUAUGAAUGGUUCUCAAAAAGUUUCACUAUCUUGGAAGGUACAUAUUGCAUCGUGCAACAAUUUUCCUACCGCUGCUGGUCUUGCAUCAAGCGCAGCUGGUUACGCUUGCCUGGUAUUUUCCCUGGCACGUUUAUAUGGCAUUCCCCUUAAUGAAGAACUGACGACUAUAGCACGACAAGGUAGUGGUUCUGCAUGUCGUAGUUUGUUUGGUGGUUUUGUUCAAUGGCAUCGUGGGGUUCUUGAUGAUGGUAGAGACUCUGUCGCUAAACCAAUUGUAUCAGCCCAGCAUUGGCCUAAUAUGCAUGUACUUAUUUUAGUCGUAAACGAUGAAAGAAAAAAAACAAGCUCUACUAAUGGUAUGCAACGUUCUGUGACUACAUCACAGUUAAUUCAGCAUCGAGUUGAUAAAAUAGUUCCCGAAAGGACGGAGAAUUUGAAAAAGGCCAUAGAAGCUCGUGAUUUUCAAUCAUUUGCUGAGAUAACGAUGAAAGACUCAAAUCAGUUUCAUGCCAUCGCCUUGGACACAUAUCCACCAUGCGUGUAUAUGAACGAUGUGUCUCAUGCUAUAGCUAGUUUUGUACAUACAUACAAUAAAACAAUGGGUACGGUUCAUGCAGCGUACACGUUUGAUGCUGGUCCAAACGCAUGUAUUUAUGUAUUAAAGGAAAAUGUAGCCAAGUUACUAGCAGCAGUUCAAAAAGAGUUCCCAAAUGACUCAAUUGACAGUUCACAAUACUUACGGGGUCUUCCGGUAUCAAUAGAUUCCCCAGAAUCUAAUAUAGAAAAAUAUGCGAAUAGUGCGACCGACAAUCCAAUCAAUACAGCUGCAGUACACCGAAAAGCUAUUGGAAUGUUAAAUAUUCAACCCAAGAGCUUACUGAAGUAUAUAAUCCACACAAAAGUUGGAGAUGGACCCUGUCAAUUGAGUGACGAUAACAGUUUAUUGAUAAAUGGGCUCCCAUUGUCCCACUAAUUGGUAAUCGCGACAUUCGCAACAUUAUCUUUUUUUAUAUUUUCACCACUGCUGUCGACUCUAAAAAUGCUUUCUCAAUAUAUUUCCUUGACGAAACAGUUUCCAGUUCGUGCUAGCCCGUUCCGUUGAGCAAAGCAGUCAAGCCCUGCACUGUUAGAAUUGGACCUCCGCAAUAUUUUACUCUAAUCUCCUUAAAGAUAGGACAUGUCGCCAGGAAAUGCAUUGUGUCCCCAGUUGCGUGCAUAUUGCACAGCGUGCACUUUGCUGCAGCGAGACUUCUAUACAGGGAUGCAUUAAGUGGUACCGUUUCCGUGUGUACUCUGAAAAUAAGUGCUAUUUAAUUUUCAAGGUUAUGGACGAGGCUCCUGCUCUUAGAAUUAACGCUCAUAAAAUUAAGCAUAUUAUAUUUGUCGGUCUUGGAUACUUUUUUGGGAUUCUUGUUAAACUUAUAAACUUACAUUGUGUAUUUAGUUAUCGAAUAAUAAAUAACCAUUUGCAAUUCCGAAAUCUUUCUAAA